AUUUCUUUUAACAAUUCCUAAAAAAAAAUAUUUAAAAAUUUUAAAAUUUACCAGUUAAAACUCCCAAAAAAUCAAAAAAAUUAUAACGUGAAUUUAAGAAUUAAUGGCAAUUUAAACGGUCUAAACAAAAAUUCUUUAAACAAUGACCCCCACACCAAAAAUUUGGGAUUUAAAACCCCUAGCCACACCCAGUGGUGGUGAUUUUUCUCUAGCCCCACCGCAAGAUAAAACUCCCUGGCGUUAUAGGAAAACAAAAAGAAAAUUUAAACAUCGACAGCAGCAAGAACUCGAAUUCUGUAAACAAUUGCAAAAUGAAUUAAAUGUGGCAGCCACCAAAUCUUGUUGUUUUAUCGAAGAUCAUGCCACAGAAUGGUAUAAACGGCAAAAGGAAUUGAGGGAAAAGAAGUUUUAUUCAGAAAUGAAUAUAACGGAAGCGAUUAAACCGCAAGUGCAAAUUAAAACAGCCAUACGUAACGUAAAGGAUUCUAAGGAGAGGAUAGAGGGAUGUCAGGCUACCUAUAUUUCUCCCGAGUUUCAAGAGCUGUUGAGAAAACAUGAUGAGCGCGUGCGGGAAAGAUGUAUUUUAAGUUCUUUACCCAGAGAAUAUAUACGAAAAAGAAAACGCCCUAGAAGGGAAAUAGUAAAAGAAGAACAAGAGGAAAAGGAAACAGAAGAAGUUUUAAUCGAAAGUGUAGCAAGUGAAAAGAAAAUGCGUAUGAUAUGUAGUUGUAACAGGCUGCAGCAGCCAAAGUUUCCCAAACCAAUGCCACAGAUUAAGAGAGAAGUUGUUAAGAAGAAAUCUAGAAGUUUAUGUGGUUGGAGUUGUUGCAGCAAACCACAAGUUUCCCUAGAUGAGUUAGAGCAGCAAAAGGCGGAGACAUCAAAGAAGAAAGAGAUUAAAAGUUUUCGUUUAAGAAAGAUGACUAGUGGUUCGCCAAAGGAGGAGAGUAAACAACAUAUUCCUUUGCCAAAGGAAGAAAGUAAACAGAAACCAAAAAUUCCUCGUGGUUUGGCCCACAAGGAAAGUAAACCAAAACAAAUAAUAACUAGUGGUUUGACAGAAAAGGAAAGUUCGGAUAUAGCUGAAAGAAAACAUAAAAUUUACCCCAAGUUUAAGGUAAAGGAAGCUCCAAAACCGAAGCCUACAGAGGAGAAGAAGAGAGAAUUAAAAGAAAAACCUUCUAAAACUCCGCAACCAGCAGCAACAGAAGAAGUAUUAAGAAGGGAAUCACCACCAACACAACCUAAACCUUCCAAAGAAGAAGUUAAUAAACCCAAAGAACCAGAGAAACCUAAAGAAUCCAAAAAACCUAAAGAGCCCAAGGAACCCAAGAAACCUAAAGAACCCCGAAAACCAAAGAUCAAAGAAAAGCCGGUCAAAAAGGACAAAGAAAAACCCAAACUACCGCUCAAACCCAAAGAGAGUGUCCUAAAAAGAACUCUGCAACAGUUAAAGAAUCUUUCAAGGCAUAAAACGAAAGAGAAAUAUGAAGAAGAAGAGAUUAAAGUUGAGAUCAAAUAUAGAGAUUUUAAACCACGUCAUCGUUUUCAUCAAACCGCCAGCAGCACGGACAAACUGAAACGUUUUAAAGAACUAGAAGAAGAGUUCAGCGGCAAACGUACAACCAGCCAAAGAUGGGCCCGACAAUAUAUGGAGGACUCCGAUGAAGAACCUAUCACUCUACAGAAAUUAGAAUACAUACCAAGAGUACGCAUUUUUAAAACGGACAACAACCCUAAAGUAAUCACCUACAAGCCGGCCAGAUUAAGGUUAAUUAAUCCCUUUGUAAGGGUAAAAAGAAAACAUAAAAGAAUAUCAGCGGGUGCCUCGAAACGACGACUAUCAAGAGAUAGUGAUAGUGUGGAACGAGAGGUUGAUGAUUUCGAACGUAGAAGUUCGUUAAAAGAACUCUGGACUAAACGAAAUGUUGCCGAAAUGAGUGAUUCCGAUGUGGAAGUGGUGAAUUUUCAACCACGCAUACACAUGACAGUAGAAGAUCCUAAUGCUGAUCUUCUAUCUUUGGAAAGAGAACAAAGGAGAGAACGUAGAAAGAAGCUGGCAGCGGAAAGACUUAAAACAAAAACUUCAACGCCAGACAAACCCAAACCGGAUUAUGUUUUGGGUAAGAAGAAAAAGAAAGAAGAAAAGUUGAUGAAAGAGGAAAAACCGAAAGAGGAAAAGAAGAAAGAAGAAAAGAAAAAGCCCAAAGAAAAAGAACUGAAACCAGAGCCGGAAGCUAAACCUAAGCCGGAGAAGAAGAAAGGAUUCUUCCAGAAGAAAGAAAAGCCUAAGAAACCUUCCAUAGAACCCGUACCACAACCCGUACCACAACCGGUGGCAAAACCAAUGCCAGAACCGCAACCAAUACCUCAGCCAAUAGCGCAACCUGUAAGCGAACCUGUAGCGGAAGCUAAACGACCUACUCCGCCUUAUCCCACGGCUAAUGCUGUUUGUCCACUUAGUGCAGCAGCUUAUUACCAACAAUAUCUAACGCAGCCACCAGAAAUGAGAGCACAAACACCAUGGCUAAGCAGUGAUCCAAAUAAUCUUAGAAACUCCUUACAAAAGGGACAAACAACUCAGCCGAAUGUCGGACAAUAUUAUGAUCCAAAUCAACCCAGAAACUCUAAAGAACAGCAAGCACAAACUCCCUUACAAACAGGACAAUCAAUUCAGCCAAAUAACGGACAAUAUUAUGAUCCAAAUCAACCUAGAAACUCUAAACAGCAGGGAGCACUACCUAUUUGGAAUGCUGGACAAAUCAAUGAUCCAAAUAAUCCCCAAACAGGACAACAAACUCAGCCAAAUGCCGGGCAAUACUAUGAUCCAAAUAAUCCCCAAGCGGCAUUACAACCAGGACAACAAACUCAACCAAAUGCCGGGCAAUACUAUGAUCCAAAUAAUCCUCCAAUCUCAUUACAACAAGGACAACCAACUCAACCAAAUGCCGGGCAAUACUAUGAUCCAAACAAUCCCCUAAUCUCAUUGCAACAAGGACAACAACAAUAUUAUGAUCCAAAUAAACCCCAAACAGUGGUAACAGGAGAACAACCUCCUCCUCCUCUAGCAGUUAGCAAUUAUUACCAACCAAUGCCAAUUACACAACAACCUUUUCCUGAUGCUAAAACUCCAGCCGAUAAAGUGCGUUCCUCAAUAGAAUCGCGUCAAAGAAAAGCCUUAUUAGACUAUCAAAUGUAUAGCGCUUACUAUCGCGAUAAUAGACCGUAUCCUAGACAAAAAAGAAGCUCCAGAGAAUAUACGAAAAACUAUGCAAAUUUAUAUCAACAUGGCAAUAAAAAUAAACCCUGUUCGUGUAAAGCGCCCUCAAUAACAACAACAACUAAAGUAAAAAGAAAGCGAGAGUAUCGCACUGGAGGCUAUGAAUAUCCACUCCAAGAAACCUGUUCCUGUCAGGGUUUUAGAAACUAUGAAGAAGAGCAAAGAAGCGCUCAGCUUCCCUAUGGCUAUCAGCCGGAUUAUGUAAAUGAGCAGCAAUUUAAACAGCAAAUUUGCCCAUUUCAUGGUGUGAUGACUUUUGACGGCUUUGGAAAGCAACAAUUCACCACUGCUUUACCACCUACUCCCUUAGCACCCUGUUCUUACCUCACGGCAAAACCUUAUGGUGAAGAGAAACCUAAUCCAGAUUAUCGUUUUGAUUAUGCUCAAAACUAUGGCAAUAUACAGGCGGGAGUAACUUGUCCUUGUCAAGCGAUUAAAGCUUUCGAAGAUCAACGAAAGCAAGAUUAUAGUUUUGGUCCAAAACCUUGUCCUUGUCAAAAUGCACAAGCUAAUGAAGAGGAGAAAAGAAGAAAAGAACAAUAUCGUUUUGAAUAUGGUCAAAAGGAUGCUUGUCCUUGUAAAGCUAAAAGAGAGGAAGAAGAGGAGAAAGGAAAAUGUCCCUGUGGUAGACCGCUACCUUGUGCUUGUAAGGAAGCUUAUAGAAAUAAACAGCAGCAGGUUUCUUGUCCUUGUAAAGCUGACAUAGAGAUGAAGGAGAGUGUUGGCAAGUCGCCUUGCCCGUGUAAAGAAUCCAGCCGAAGUAAGCAGCAGGAAACUUGUCCCUGUCAAAGAACUAAAGUCGAUGAGGAAGAGAGACAAGGAAAAUGUACUUGUCAAGCAACUAAAUCCUAUGAAGAGCAGAGAAGGUCUGUUUGUGCUUGUGAAGAGGAAAUUAGAAAAAAGAAGCAGCAGGAAACUUGUGCUUGUCAAGAAGAAUCUAGAAGAAAGAGUCAGCAACAAACUUGUGCUUGUGAAGAAGAGUCCAGAAGAAAGAAACAGCAGAAAACUUGUGCAUGUGAAGAAGAAUCUAGAAGAAAGAAGCAACAGGAAACUUGUGCUUGUGAAGAGGAGUCCAGGAGAAAGAAGCAGCAGGAAACUUGUGCUUGUGAAGAAGAAUCUAGAAGAAAGAGCCAGCAACAAACUUGUGCUUGUGAAGAAGAGUCCAGGAGAAAGAAACAGCAAGAAACUUGUGCUUGUGAAGAGGAGUCCAGGAGAAAGAAACAACAAGAAACAUGUGCUUGUGAAGAAGAGUCCCGAAGAAAGAAACAACAAGAAACUUGUGCUUGUGAAGAAGAGUCCAGAAGAAAGAAACAACAAGAAACAUGUGCUUGUGAAGAAGAGUCCCGAAGAAAGAAACAACAAGAAACUUGUGCUUGUGAAGAAGAGUCCAGAAGAAAGAAACAACAAGAAACAUGUGCUUGUGAAGAAGAGUCCAGGAGAAAGAAGCAGCAGCAAACAUGUCCUUGUCAAGCAGCCAAAGACAAUGAGGAAGAGUGGCAAGGUAAAUGUCCUUGUACCAGGAAUGACAGAGAUAAAAAGCAGCAGGAUGAAGCCUGUCCCUGUCAAACACCAAAAUCCUAUGAUGAAGGUCGGCAAGGAGAAUGUCCUUGUAAAGGAUCUAAUGGAAAUAAACAGCUACAGGAAACUUGUCCUUGUCAACAAACUAAAACGAAUGGAGAAGAUAGAAACCCAUGUCCCUGUAAAGUUACAAAUGGAAAUGGACGACAGCAGGACGUUUGCCCUUGUAAGGAUUCCACUGAAAAUGGAAGACAGCAGGAAGAAAAAUCCGAUGAAGAGAAAAGGCAAGCGGAAUGUCCCUGUAAAGAUACUAAUGAAAGAAAUAGAUCUUCCAAUGCAAGGAGACCAUCUUAUGAAAGGAGAUCCUCGUAUAAAGGGAGAUCUUCUUAUGACGGAAGAUCUUCUUAUUCUGCAGGAAGACAACCAAUCUGCACUUGUGAUCAAACCUGUACUUGUAAAGAUUCCGAUGGAAAUAUUCAAACUUGUUCAUGCACGCAAAGAGAAGCGAAAGAUAAAAAUCAAGAGCCGGAAAGAGGACUUUACGAAAUGGUUAAAUAUUGUGAGGAGAAAAUUCAAAGAGAGAAAGAACAGGAAAGCUGUACUUGUAAACAAAAGAGUGAUGAAGAUGAUGAUGAUGAAGAGAAAUGCAAAUGUCGCAAAAAAUCCAAAUCUUUUGAGGAUAAAAAGAAAUGUUCCUGCAAACGUUCCAAAUCUUGUGAUGAUGUGAGGAAAUGUAAAUGCAAGAAGCAAAAGGAUAAUUGCAAACGUUCCAAAUCCUGUGAUGAAUGCCGCAAAAAGAAAAGGAAAACGUGCAGUUGUGAAAACUCCAGUUCCAGUGAUGAUGAAAGUGAUAGCGAUAGUGAAGAGGAAGAGUUUGACUCCAGCUCCAGCGAAGAGGAUUCUUCCUGUUCUUGCAAAAAAUGUAAAAAGAAACGAAAACAAAAGAAAGCACGAAAAAGUAAAAAGAAAACUUGGAAGCUAAGCAAACUUUGCAAACGAGAUUCCUGUUCUUGCCAGAAGUCUAAAACCUGUAAUAAAAAGAAGAAACUUAAAAAAUGCGUCGAUCCCUGCAAAGACACUGAUAGCGAUGAUGAAUGCGAAGAUUCGCAGGAUUCUAGUUCCUGCCAAAAGGAUCCCUGUGCUAAGAAGAAGAAACAAAAAACUUGUACUGAUCCUUGUAAGAGUAAAAAGAAAACUUGUAAACAAGAUCCCUGUAAAACAACCAAAUCCUGUGAUAAGAAGAAAAAACAAAAGUCCUGUUCUGAACCCUGCAAAGAUGCAGAAGACAGUGAAGAGGAUUCCUGCAAUGAUCCUUGCAAAUCUCAAUCGUCCAAACAAACAUGCCCACGCUCAACCUGCCACAAAUGCGCAAAUGAAAGGCAACCUCAAUGUCCCUCCCAAGCCAAUGCUAACAGCUACAGUUGCCAAAAAUCUAACGAUGAUUACAACUAUUUUCCAGACACUGGAGUUGCUCGCGAUAAGAAGCAAUCUUUGGAAAGUGAAAGAACUAUUUAUAUGUAUCGGCGUAUACGCAAAACCAAGAGCACUAAGGAUGAUGUGAUCGCCGCAAAACCUCAACAAACGAAGUUAAACGAUCCUCAUGACAUGAAAAUGUCCAAGAGAUGGGCUGACUAUCGUUAUAAAUACAAUCAACAGAAAUAUUCGGGUAAUAAACAAUGGCUGGACUAUAGGGAAGGGAAGAAUGAAGACAAUGUGCGUGAACGUAAGAAAACUAAAACUUGUGGUAAUUGUGGAGGCAAACGGCAAUCUAUAGAAUCGAACACAAACAAAUAUUGUGCCAAUUCAGGCAGAAGAACUCAAUCUUGUGGCUGUAACAAUUGUAAUUCCCAAGAUAAUGAGGAUCGACGAACUUCUAAAGAUUCCCAAACUUCCAAUAGAGGUUGUGCUAGAUGUUCCAAAGAUUCUACAGACUCGAGAGCAUCAAGACGUUCUUCUUAUGAUCAAGAUAGUCCUCGAAAUUCUAUAGAAUCUCGCGAUAAGAAAUAUUGCUUUGGACGUUCCAAAGAUUCAAGAAAUAGAAGACAUUCUAGAGACUCCAGAGAAUCUUCUUAUGAUACCUAUUGUCCUCAAAGUUCUAAGGAAUCUCAGCACAAUAAGUAUUGCUUGAGAUCUUCCAACGAUAGAAGACAUUCUCAAGACUCUAGAGAAUCAAGACGUUCUUCUUAUGAGCAUGAAACACCUAGAUCCUCUUUGGACUCCCAGGAUAAGUGUGAUAAAUGUAAUAAAUACACAUCCAAAAGAAAUGAUAACCAACAACAAUCGAAAUCCAAUAGUGAAGAAGAAAUGCCACAUAGAAGUCGUAAAAGAUAUAGAGGAGGUUCAGAACCGGAGAAUGAUCAAACAAAACCGCCACCAAUACCACCCAAACCUGCCAAAAAACCUAGAAGAUUAUCUCUCUGUUGUAUAUCUUCCUCUAGAGGUUCGUCGGAUAGCAUAAGAAGUAUGACAAACCCUCAGGCAGAUAAUUUAACUAAAGAACAACAUGCCAGCACUUCAAAAUUUAAGAAAAUCAAAAAAUUAUGUUUCAAAGAUUCUCUCUGCUGCACGGCCCUAUGUCGAAAACCUAAAAAACCCCCAAAAGAAGUAGAAUUCAAAAUAGAAGCUGAACCAGAACCUGAACCCCAACCAGAGCCAGAAACUGAUGUUGUAAUUGAGAAAAAAGUGCGUAAAUGUAAACUUCCUAAAAGACCUCCCGGAGCGGCGAAAUAUACCGUUCCCGUUAAUGUGUCCAAAAAUCAUGAAAUGUGUUAUAAAGAUUCUCACUACUGGUUGGGUUUAAAUGCCAAUUAUCCGCGGACAUAUCAGGAACUUGCCCAAAGACAACAAGAAGCCAAAGAACGUUUAGCGCAACAAAGACGAAAACUAUGGGGUAAUACUUGCCCUAAGCCAAAACCCUCUCAGGAAUUAUAUAAACCUAAUAAAGAAAAGACCCUUUACGAUGUAAAACCAGCUCAUAGGAAUUGUUUUAGUGAUGAUUCUGCUCCUCCCAAAGAGGUCAAGGAAAGUAGUAAGCGAUUAAAACGUUUUAGACAGCGAGAGUUGGAAAUACAAAGAGUACGCGAUGCUAAUCCAGCUCCCCGACCUUGUACAUGUAAAACUCCUACAGCAGCUAAACAAAGAUCACACAAGGAAACUUUCUCUCAUAGAAAUUGCGAUUGUCAGCAGAGUUCUUAUCCUGAAAGUGAUGGUGAGAAAGACAUUACAAAACGCAAGAAAAAGUAUAGCAAAAAACUGGAAAAGCAGACGGAAAAAUUGAAAGAAAGAGACAAGAGUGAACGGGAGAAAAAUAAGAAACUAAGUCAACGUGAUAAAUCUCCUGUUUAUAGAAAUUGUGAUUGUGAACGAACACAACAUGCUGUCAAAGACAAAAAAAGAUCCGAGAACGAUAAACAAAAGAAAGAAGAUAAAAAGAAAGCAAAACAAAAGAAACGUGAUAAAUCAACUGCUUACAAAAAAUGCGGCUGUGAGAAAUGUCUGCAAGAUGAGAAGAAAUCGAAAAAUAAUUUGACGAAAUUUUUGCCUAAGAAACUAUUUUAGAAAGUCAAAAGUAACCGGGAGUCAAGAAACAUCCAACUAUUAAGAGUACAAGCUUAGAAAGAUGAACUUUUAAGAGUCAAUCUAAAUAUUAUGGGAUAAUUUUGAGAUCUUACUUCUAUACUAGAUCACACUUUAAAUGAUCUUGAGAUCAUAUAAAUGAUCUUAUCAUGUAAAUGAUGUCGCGAUCGUCCAAGUGAUCUAGAGAAUAUGUGAGAGAAAGAUCGCUUAAUGUUUCUAUUAAAGUUCUCUAGAUUAUCUAAAUAGCCUACAUAUCAUCUUAAAUGAUUUAGAAAUCAUCAUAAAUGAACCACAGAUCCUCUUAAAUGAUCUACAGAUCAUCUUAAAUGAUCUAUAGAUCAUCUUCAAUGAUCAUCUCUAGAGUUUACUUUUAAAUGAUCAAGAUAUCAGCUAAAUGAUCUGGAGAUCAUCUAAAUGAUCUGGAGAUCAUCUAAAUGAUUUCGAGAUCAUCUAAAUGAUUUCGAGAUCAUCUAAAUGAUCUUAAUUAUAUACAGAGUAUCAAAUUAUCAAGAGAUCCUUAAGCUCACCCAAAGAUGCAUCAAAUGAUCUUAUCUAUGAUAAUCCCACAAUCACUCAAUGAUCUCAAGAUCAUCUAAAUGAUCUCAAGAUCAUAUAAAUGAUUUCUAAGACAUUCCUUAAGAUCUUUCAACAGAUCGGAAAAUCAUACCAAUGGUCCUAAGACAAUCGAAAUGAUCUCAACAACAUCCAAUAGAUCUAAGAUUUUCCAAAAUGAAGGUCAGAAAUUGAUCUCAAAGUCGAAAUGAUCUUGAUGCAUAAAG